CGUCUCCGAUCUGGCAACCCGGCCGGUAGUGGCAACUUGCGCCGUACGCAGUGCAUUUUCGAAGGAAGAGUUGUAUGGAUUUGAUGGCAAUGGGACUCCGAUAACAUACUUGCUCCAAUAAGUGCCGGGGAAACUCAAUACUAUUCGAAAAGGUGCGGAGUCUCCUCUGAGUCCAUGGAGGAGGAGAGGAGAGGAGGAGCGGAGGAGAGGAGAGGAGGAGGUGCGGAGGAGAGGAGAGGAGGAGCGGAGGAGAGGAGAGGAGGUGGUGCGGAGGAGAGGAGAGGAGGUGGUGCGGAGGAGAGGAGAGGAGGAGGUGCGGAGAAGGAGCAGGAGCGUCUGAUUGGUGCAGAGGAGGUGGAUGUGGUGGUGCGGCGUAAAGCGGGGUCCCCCCCGCCCCCCCACUCUCCCUCUGAGGCGCCGCGCUCCUCCAGGAAGAGCUUCCGAUUGGACUACCGGCUGGAGGAGGAAGUGACACGCUCGCAGAAGGACGCCGGCGGCCGCUUCAUCAACCCCUGGCCCACCUGGAACUUCCCGUCCUACGUCACCCUGCUGCGCCUCUUCCUGAUGGAGAAGAACCAUAGCAACGUGCCUAGCAACAAGGAGGUUCUAGAUAAGGAGCUGCCGGUUCUGGAGCCGUUCUUCGUGCGGAGCCCUGAGAGCGUGGGUUCCGUGGGGUCGGGCCUGCGGGUGACGUGGCUGGGCCACGCCUCGGUUCUAGUGGAGAUGGACGGGCUGGUGGUUCUGACCGACCCGAUGUUCUCCCAGCGGGCCUCUCCGCUCUCCAUGCUGGGGCCCAAACGGUACCGCCCACCACCCUGCACCGUGGAGCAGCUGCCGCAGGUGGACGCCGUGCUCAUCUCUCACACACACUACGAUCACCUGGACGUGGCCAGUGUGUGCGCUCUGAACAGGCGCUUCGGGCCGGACCUGCGCUGGCUGGUUCCGCUGGGUCUGCUAGACUGGAUGCACGGAACCGGCUGCCAGAACGUGAUCCAGCUGGACUGGUGGGAGGAGAACUGCGUUCCGGGUCACGACGAGGUCACCUUCGUCUGCACGCCCGCGCAGCACUGGUGCAAACGCACGCCACUGGACGAUAACCGCACACUCUGGGGGAGCUGGACAGUUCUAGGUCCCUCCAGUCGUUUCUUCUUUGCGGGCGACACGGGCUACUGCUCGUCCUUCCAGGAGAUCGGACAUCGAUACGGCCCCUUCGACCUCGCCGCCAUCCCCAUCGGAGCCUACCUGCCCAGAGCUAUCAUGCGUUCCCAGCAUGUGGAUCCUGAGGAAGCGGUGAAGAUUCACAUCGACGUGCAGGCUAAACACUCGCUAGCUAUACACUGGGGCACCUUCGCCUUAGCAUACGAGUAUUACUUGGAGCCCCCGGUGAAGCUGAGGGAGGCCAUGGAACAGCAAGGUCGUGACCCCGAGGAGUUCUUCACCCUCAACCACGGAGAAUCACGCCUGCUCACCACCACCCAGGAUCAAUGUGACUGAGGAGACCACACACACACACACACACACACACACACACACACACACACACACACACACACACACGGGAUGGCAGAUGUGUGCUAGUGUGCACUCUAGCUGUAGGACUCUGAAUGCUGUAUCGCUGCUUCUGCUACCAACGUCAUUAUUAAUACUUUCCCAUGGCCAUCACACACACACACACACACACACACACAGACACACACACACACUUUUGCCAUGGCCAUGGCACACCCACGCACUUUUACCAUGGCCAAGACACACACACACACACUUUUGCCAUGGCCAUGACACACCGACACACUUUUACCAUGGCCAAGACACACACACACUUUUGCCAUGGCCAAGACACACACACACACACUCACACACUUUUCCCACGGCCAUAACAGUACUGCUCUCUUUGCUGAUCAUUAGAUGGGACUGUCACCGGAUUCUGUCUGUUGUGCACUUCUGUUGUGCACUUCUGUUGUGCUCUUCUGAGUGUGCACUUUUGUCUGUUGUGCACUUCUGUCUGUUGUGCACUUCUGUUGUGCACUUCUGAGUGUGCACUUAUAUUUGUACAUAUUGUAGCUCACGAUGGCUGCUGUAGAGUUAGAUGAAGGAGAGCAUAAGAGGUAUAUAAGAAUGAGAGGAAUAUAAGAACGGAAGAGGUAUUCUACGCUCGUAUGGAAGAGGCGUAAGAGUCAUGAUUGUGUCAAAUCCCACAUCCAAGGGCUGAACUGUAACAUAAGAGACAGUAAAUAUGAUUUGGACCCAAAGUGCCGUUAUUGUCAUUUAUUUAUCACUC